GCUUGCACUACCUUGUCAAUAUUGACAUUACGCUUAGUAUGAGAUAAGGCGUUUCAAUGCGUGAAGAAUGCUUUUUGAGUGAGCGACAUACCGGGGUUUGUAUAAAUAGCGGCAGAAAAUCGGCUGUAAGGCAUUAAUAUCAGAAGCGCACUUUAGCCAAGUUAUUGCUAACUAUAAACUAAAAAUUCGCUAUUCAGAAUAAAAGCUAAAGCAAAGCGGUAUUAUCAUCAAAAUGCAAAAACAACAACUGAUUUGUGUUUAUUUGUCACUGAUUGUUUUGGUUUCGGCCAAAAUGGUGGUAAGUCAGGUCGUUAGGGGAGGCUUGUGUCCAUCCGACAUCCAAACUGUCCAAGAUUUCGAUGCAGAAGCGUAUUUGGGAAGAUGGUAUGAGUACUCCAAGUAUCCUUUCAUUUUUGAGGCUGGCGGUAGGUGUAUACAGGCGGAAUAUGGUGCUUUAACUAACGAUAGCGUUACAGUGCAGAACACCCAAAUAUCAAUUCUUAUCUUUGCAGCUCUUGCUGGAGACGCUGACUACUGGGUGUUAGGUACCGAUUAUAAGAAUUAUGCUGUCGUCUACAGCUGCAGCAAUUUAUUAGUCGCACAUUCGGUUGUUGUGUGGAUCCUAACGCGCGAGGCCGAACCAUCAGAGGAUAUUAUAAAAGAAGCUGAGAAUAUACUUACUUCACAAAGCAUAUCUUUGAGACCUUUGAUUUUGACCGACCAAACAGGCUGCCCAGCUACAUGAAAAAAGGCGGUCCAACAACUUAUGGAAUCAUUAAAACUAUAAGCUUUCCGAAAGAAAUGUAAAUAUUGUAUAAUACAAAUAAAACACUACAAAUACCAGCAUCAAAACACA